AUGCACGCCGUCACGGACUCGAGUGCUCCAUCACUAGUGGGUAGCGAUUCAACUUCUGCCAGACUAACUUACUAUACGUAUCAGAGCUUCAUUUGCCACAUCACUGUUUCGGUCGAGGGAGAUCCUCUUGCAUCAUUGCCAAACCUGCGACAGGAAUGGUUCCGAUGGUUCAAGACGGUCGGGUCGAUUCCGGGGUGCGGUGGGCGGCGCUGCUUAGGCAGAUUGUGGGACCUUGGAACCCCUGCAGAAGUGCAGCCUGCGCCCCGUAAAAAGGUUCUGUAUGUAGAAGAAAUAGAAUCACGGCGCUUCUCGACAACCAGAAUUUUAGGUGCUACUAAAUUGUCAUGGGCUGAUUCCAGUCGCAGGAGGUUGAUUGAUAGGCAAUGGGAAGUGCGACUGAUGACGACUCCUCGGUCGGGAACUAUGUUCAAUAGGAAACAACCGGCGACUUUUUGCCGCCCAUUCUACAGGAGCGCGCGUGUGGAGGAAGAUGCUGGAUCAUCGCCACCAAUUACAUACCCACAACCCAUGGAAGGAAUUCUAGAAGUAGGUAUGGAGCACUCCCUUCACAUGCCGAAUAAGCUUAUUAUCCGUUUUCAUCAUCAUGCCAGGCCUGGUAGCGGAUGUCCGAAAUUUAGCAUUCUCUGGGGUGUCUAUCGUGGUUUUGUCUAUGCUGCGAUGGCUGUAGGAUUUCGUGCUCUGGCUUGCACUGGCAAAGCUCGACCUAGAACACCAUCCACCUAUGUCAGAAUUCCCAAAAUAGUACGGAUGAACCGGCAAAGGAUAAAGAAUAUUGUUGUAGAAAUUGAAACUAUCAACACCACAACCCCAUCCAUCCACAGGGCAAAGGGAAGAUCACCGGCACUGCCGGGAAUCCACUACACAGACACAUACGCACACACACACUUAACGCUUUUCUCGGCCUGUCCGGAUACCUACUCCGGCAAGUCUUCGCGGCUGUUCCCCAUGAUCGCGCAAAUUAGAAUCUGUCGAGUGGCUGACCACCUGACCAAGACAGUACUAGUCAUCUAG